CCCCAGUCCUGCUGCUGCCCUUUAGACAAACGUGCAGUACAACAUCCCUGUGUCCUCCGCCUCCAUCCCGGCCAUCAAGAGCCUAGGCCUCAGGGCAUCACCUGCAUCAGCCUGACCCACCUGGAUGGCUCGCCAGCUUUGCACCAGGUGCUGGAGUCUGUUGCCUACCACCUGGGCCCGAAACUGCAGAGCUUGUGCCUCAGUGGGGGCAGCCCCACGCAGGCCUCCUUUGUGGCCUUGAUCCUGGGCUGCCUGGCCCUGCGUAUCCUUGACCUCAGUGGCGGCGACAGCCUCUUCACAGGCGGCACGCUGCUAGCCCAGCCUGAGACGGCACAGCGGGUCCGGCAGGUGUUGCGUGGCCUCUGUGAGCUCAACUUGGCUGGCCUGCGGGACCUGACCGACCUCAGUUUCAACCGGCUCAGCAGCUGUGCCCCCAACCUGGAGCGCCUCUCCUUGGCCUACUGUCACCUCACUUUUGAACUAGGCCCAGCCCGGGGCUCCCUUGGCCCCCAAGACUCCUCCCCCUCCCAACUCUCCUUCCACAACCUGCUGCGAUUUGUGAAGGAAAGGGCUGAUAGGCUGCACGCCCUGGACCUGAGUGGCACUGGCUUGCUCCCCGAGGCCCUGAAGGCCCUGGGUCAGGUGGCCGGGCUGCAGCUGCAGGAGCUGAGCCUGCACGGCUGCCAGGACCUCUCCACAGAGGCUGUGGCCGCCCUUUGCCAUCUGCAAUCAGGCCUGACCUCCCUGGACCUCAGCGGCUGCUCAGAACUGGCCGACGGGACACUCCUGGCCAUCAGCCGGGACCUAGGGCACCUGCAGUGUCUCCGCCUGAGGAAGCUGCAAUGGCUGAUGGACGCAGGAUGCACAGCCCUGGGGGGCUUGCGGGAGCUGCACAGCCUGGACCUGGCAGAGUGCUGCCUGGUGAGCGGGCGGGGCCUGGCCCAGGCCCUGGGUUCGGGGCACAGAGCUCCAGCCCCCUUGGCCUCCUUCAGCCUGGCCUACUGCUCCUCACUCAAGAACUCUGGAUACCAUCAGGCGGGCAUGCAAGCAGCUCCGGAUGUUAGAUGUGGCCAUAUGCCCUCGUAUCAGCAUGGCUGCCGUCAGGCACUUCCAAGCCCAACUGCCCCAGGUGACCUGUGUCCAGUCCCGCUUCGUGGGAGGUGCUGACCUGACCGUAACACUCUAGGGCCAGGUCAGUAACCAACCCUGUGCCUCAGCGUCCGUCGUCCCCCCGCCCCCCGAGUCCCCAGCCCUGGCCUCUUGACCUGAUUCGAGUCAGUGCCUUCUGCCCGCCUCUGCCACAUACACCAAAGCCCCCUCCCCAAGCUAUAAACCCCUUUUUCUCGGACGGCGGGUAGGGCUAAUCUGGGGCAGCCAAGGGGGCUUCCUGCCCCAGUCUGCCCUAGAGCCCAGCAGGAGCCUUUUCCAGCCGUACGUCGCUGACCCAGGCCUCUGGAAAUGCCGCCUCCUGCUCUCCUGGCCAGGCCUGGGUCCGGAGGCCAGGCCCACAGGUGGGGUGCAUCUGGGGCCACGGAGGAGCAGACCACGUGCCUCUUGACCUGCCCACUUCUCCCACCUGAGGCCUGUGCCUCGCCUUAUCCCCUAUAAGGAGCUCUCCCGGCUCUUACUGGCACUGAGCUUCAGCAGCCAGGCCACAGACUUUGUUGUAAACCCAAACAAAAUUAAAAAUUC